GUUCUCUUUCAGUAGCACACACACACACACACAUUCUCUCUCUCUCUCUCUCUCUCUUUCUUUCUUUCUUUCUUUUCCCCCUUCUCUUCAUUCCACUUGUUCCAUUCCAUUGCAUUUCCCCCCCCUCCUCAUUCACUUUACUCGUCUCUCACUCUCCGACUUUACGGGAAUCACCUUUGCAACAUGCCCUCGGACACAACAAAAAUCGUGCUGGCGCUCAUCGCACUUAUGCACCUCAAGAGUCUUCCUGGCGUGUACACCCUUCGAUCCCUCUCCUACUUUAUCAAGGCCCGAUCUCAGACAGAACCCAGCAUCGGCCUUCUCGAGGCCAGCAAGUACCACAGCCGCGUAUGGUUCGACGACAUGGAUCUCAACAUCCACCUGAACAACUCGUCCUACAACAAGAUGAUGGAUUUUGCGCGGAUCGACCUCUGCACCCGUCUGUUCCCCGGAUGGCAAGUGACCCACAAGUUCGACAUGUGUCUAGCCCAGACGGUUCUCUUCUUCAAGGCAGAGGUGCCGAGGUUCAGCAAGUACACGAUCACGAGCCGAGUCUUUACCUGGGACGAUAAAUGGAUCUGGAUGCAGCAUCGGUUCUCGAUCAAGCGCAAGGCUAGACCUGUGCGCAAGACACUCGAGGUCAUUGAUGCGGCUCUUCAAUCGGCAGAGGAGAGCAAGAAUCAGGAGCCGAUCAGGGAUGAGGAUGUGGUUGUGGAGGAGGAGGAUGAGGAUGAUAUCGAUCCAAUCGAGGCCAAGGCUCCUCUGAAGGGUGACAGGCCCAACAUGUUGACGAGUCAGGUCCAUGGAGGUAACCAUCCGAAUGAUGCGGCCGCAAUAGAGGUCCCGGACAAAUUAUGUUGUAUCGCUUACUCUAGAAUGGUGGCCAAGCAUCCGAAGGGCAAGACGAUCGUGCCUGCGAAGCUAUGGGAGAAGAUGGGGCACAAGGAGGCCUAUCCGGGCGAAUGGGAGCAGUAUCGGUUGCUGGGCAUGUCAUUGAUUGAGGGGAUGAUGAAGAUUGGAGAUCCUACGGUCGAUAUAGCCCCAGCCUCGGCUGUGGGCCCAGCCCCGACGGUGUCCUCUCGUCGAUUGGUGAACCCGACCCGUGCCAGGAUCUAGGACGUGAGUCUGCUUCCCAUCUAAUAUACAUAUACCUGAAGAAUAAAUCAGACGCGUACCAGAAUGGGUCUUGGAUACAGUGUGGUAGACUAUGG